AAGAAGAAGCGGUCAUUCUGCAUCCUCUCUGCCACACACUUUCUGAAGUUUUAUAACUUUGCUGUAUCAUCUGAAUCACCAUGAAGAUGUUUCCUGUGUGUGUGUUUGUUUGUGCUGUGAUGAUUCUGACCCAUGCUGCUGUUCUCCCUGGAGGAGGGACUGCAACUAAUCAAACAGCCAAAAGUCACCUGGUCAAGAGGUCCUCUGAUUGUCCUGGUGGUUGGACUCCAUUGAGUGGUCGCUGCUUCUUCUACGUUCCAAGACGCAUGACAUGGGCUAAAGCAGAGAGAAACUGCGUGUUCAUGGGGGCCAACCUUGCAUCUGUGCACAGCAGUACAGAGUACCAUGGGAUUCAGCACCUGAUAGUGAUUGCCAGUCAUGACUACCAAGAAACCUGGAUUGGAGGAAGUGAUGCACAGGAGGAGAAUGCCUGGUUUUGGACUGAUGGAACGGCUUUCCGCUAUUCAAACUGGUGCCGAGGAGAGCCCAAUAAUUUCAGUCGCAACCAGCACUGUCUGCAAAUUAAUCACAGCGGUUCCAAGUGCUGGGAUGAUAUAGCAUGUAAGGAACAUCGACCUUCUGUUUGUGUCAAGAAAAUUUAAAAUUUCUGUCAAAAUACACACUGUUUGGUGUGCAGUGGCUUUUGUUUUUCAUUCUUCAUUUGGCUUUACAAUUUCUGUUUCAUCUUUUGUCUCUAGCAUAAAAGUUUUGCAACAAAAUAAAAAGUCUAUGUCAUGAAUAGUGGCACUCCCAACCCUAGUUCUAAACCCUAGCCCUAAAUUUUCAACUGUGGAAAAGCAGUUUUUACGUAAAAAGUAUUGCACAUUUAUCUGUAAACUCUUCUUCCUUUGCAAUAAUAA